AUGGAAGAGGCAAAGAUGUUGGAAAAGGAACCUUCUGGAAGCCUUCUGAAAGAACAGUUGAGCAAACAAGAUGUUGUGAACGGUCUGAAAGAGUCUCAAGAGAGUAGAAUGGCCAGCAUCAGAGCCGAAGCUGACAAAGUGUACACGUUCACUGACAACGCUCCUAGUCCUUUCAUAGGUAGCUCUUCAAGACUGGAUUGUGGCUCCCUUGGAAGUGGAGAUGGCACCACCACCAAGACUACCAGUCCUGCAUACUCAGACAUAUCGGAUGCAGGUGAUGAUGGGGUAUCAGACUGCCGUUCAGGCACUCCUCCGGCUGCAUCUAUUCCUGCAGGGCCUGUCAAAGACCCCCAGUCUCCUUUUUACCACAGAUAUGACCACUACUAUAUCCAAAAUUACAUGCAGACAGGCCAGUCAAACACAGCUGCUUUCCAUAUGGCCUCCACCCCUCAAGACGGUAAAUACAAAAAGGAGGACUCAAAGGAUGGCAACGAGAGGAGAAACACCCCGGAAUUCAUCGAUUUGAAGAAGACCGAUGUCAUCAACUCAAGUUCGCAGUCCCAGAUUCAGAUGGCUAUGACACAAACACAAACAGCUCUAUCCCAGUCCUUGUACUACGGCCAGUAUGCCCGCGGUCUUUACAUGAACUUUACAUGA